UCCAAUGUGAAGAAGUUGUCGGAUUUCCUCCUGUUUUAUCACGAUUUGUGCCUGAUUUACUGGCAUCAGACGUUUGCGGUUGGGUUCAUAUCUUAGUUCAUGUCAUAAAUAUCCGUUCUAUAUCGUCUGAUUUGCAAAUACCAACAAUUUGAGGACAAAUCUUUGUUGAAAGACUUAGCCUGUACUACAAACCGAACCAUGUAGAAGUCGUGAAGAAUCGUCGUCAGAGUUUAUCCGUCCAUAAAAUGCCCUCUCAGGGGAAAAGUGCUAGCUCGCCUAACCAUGAACAGGAUAUAAAAGAACUUUGUAGAUUACUUAGCCUUAUCAAUACUCCAGCCAGUAAACAACAGUUGCCGUCCAUUCAGAUAGAAGGUCCUAGUCUCAACAAGUCUUUCCAAUGGCCCCUCCCGCUGCCCAAGUCAGGUGCUCAGCAACACCAGUCCACUGAAGCACUCGCUCUCGAAAAAUUCAGCCACCGCUACCAGAAUGAACGACACUUUUCAACCCAUCCUAACCAUGACUACUUCUCACAAAUCUUCUCGGCACUUGUCAAACAGAGGUUGUGUUGUUCUGACUGGACGCUGCGUGCUCCUCCCGAGAACAUCCUUCGGGUGUUGGUGUGUCUGCGGAUCAUGACACGGGAUCUCAACUAUCAGAAAGAUUUCUUCCAGGCUGAUGGGGUCAAGGUUCUCUCAGAGCACCUACAGCGGGCCACAGAUAGUUACCUGUUCUACGGUGAUGGACCAUUUGUUGUUGAUAUAUUGAAGGAAAUGACCAAUAUCUUCCAGAAGUUGUCUACGAUAGUCGACCAGCGCCAGUGGCUGGUCGCCUGUAACGCUCACAAGGCCCUGGUACUGCUGCUUUCAAGUAACGAUGUGAUAGUACUGCACUGUACACUACAUGCACUUAUAAGUUUAGCACAGAGCAAAGAGCCACGUGUGAUGAUUGGAGAAUUAAACUCCAUUGAAAUGGUGCUGAGAAUUUUACAAGAUUAUGAUAAUCUCUCCAAGAAGUUGGCUGCUAAUCUCCUGCGGACUCUGUGCGCAGAUUCCCAGGCGCGGGAAAUGGUGAAGAUAUAUGAUGGGAUUCCGUUGUUGCUAAGUCUGUUGCACAGUGAUAACAUCAAGUUGUUAUGGAAUGUUGUGUGGUGCCUGGUGCAGCUUGCUGAGGACCAGGACGCCUCGAACGAUAUCAGGACGAUGGGGGGGAUUCCCCUACUACUCUCUCUGUUACAUGAUCGUAAAUUUGUGAAUGAACGUCCGAGCAGUGCAAACAGUGCUAGUAGUGCCCCGCCUCACGGGCGAACGCCUCCAACAGGGGUACCUAUGGAGGAAGGAGAAGACAUGAGGGAACAUGUUCUGUCUUUAAAGUCGGCAUGUUGUGCUGCCUUGACUGAGUUGGUGCUGAAUGAUACAAAUGCUCAACAGAUAGUUCAAGCGAAUGGUGUGUUCUCCAUAGGCCUUCUUAUCCUACCGCAACUAACUAAUCUCGACAAGGAUAGAAAGGCCGUCGAAAAUUUACAGAAAAAUGCAUUCCGAGCCCUACGGUUCCUGUUCAGUAUGGAGAGAAAUCGACGUCUGUUUAAACGGCUGUUCCCACCAGAACUGUAUGAGAUGUUCAUAAGAUGUGGUCACUAUGUCCGAGAACUCAAUACCUAUAAGCCAGUUGUAGAAAAGCUGAACUCACUGCCUGAAGAUACAAUAGCUGAAAUCCAAGAGAAUGUCUUGGCGUUGAAUCAGAAUAAGACGCCGUCACGAUUCAUCGGAGAUUAUGCCGUCCUUGAACACCUUGGGUCGGGAGCAUUUGGCUCGGUGUACAAAGUCAAAAAGAAAGCUCAUGGACAAUCAUUCUUAGCUAUGAAAGAGGUAAAUAUAAACACGGUGUCGUCCUCUUUUGGCAAGAGUGCCAAAGAACGAGACAAGAGUAUCGGCGAGAUCAUCAGCGAGCUGACGAUCAUCAAAGAGCAGAUGAGACAUCCGAAUGUGGUCAGAUACUACAAAACAUUUGUAGAAUGUGACAAGUUGUACAUUGUGAUGGAGCUGAUCGAAGGUGCUCCCCUCGGCGAACAUUUCAGCUCUCUCAAGGAGAAGGGGGAGAAGUUCCAGGAGGAUCGAAUCUGGAAUAUCUUCAUCCAGCUGACUCUGGCGUUGAGGUAUCUGCACAAAGACAAGGGCAUCGUCCACAGGGAUCUCACACCCAAUAACAUCAUGUUGGGUGAGAAUGACAGGGUCACUAUAACUGACUUCGGCCUGGCAAAGCAGAAGAGAUCUGACUGCAGCAAGAUGACUUCAGUGGUCGGAACUAUCUUGUACAACUGUCCAGAGAUCGUGCAGUAUCACCCAUAUGGGGAGAAAGCGGACAUCUGGGCAAUUGGCUGCAUAUUAUACCAGAUGUGUACGCUGCAACCGCCUUUCAUGGGCAGCAAUAUGUUGGCGCUAGUCUUGAAGAUUGUUUCUGCUGAAUAUGACCCCCUCCCUCCUGGUGAAUAUUCCGAGAGAAUGGAACAGACGAUACGAAGCUGUAUCACAGUUGACCCUAACGCACGGCCAGAUAUCUGCGAGGUGGCGGGACAGAUCUCGGACAUCAUUCUCCGACACAUGGACAUCCUGCGCGUUCACCAGUUUGCCAUGGAGAAGAAGUUGGAGAGAGAGCGGAAGAGAACUCAGAGACAUUAUUUCGAAGCGAACCGCAACAUGCAGAACUACCACCGGCUUUUCCUCGUCUCGCAAGAACGCUACGACAAACUAGUCAACCUUGCCAGCAGUGGUGGAGGCUCCAGUAUGAAAGAUGGCGAGCUCAGCGAUGCCGACGGUGUCUUCUCCGACGUCGACUCAACUGGGAGUCGUGGCAAGAGGCGUAUUCACAAGACCAGCGGCAGUAGUCGGAGUGACAAUGAAGAUAACACAAACGAUAAAGGUUGGACAAGUGACGAUGACUUUGAAAGCUUUGAGAGCUUCAGCAGCAACAGCAGAGGUAGCAGCGCGGGAAGUAGUCGGUCACUCGAGUUAUCCGGCACACUCAAGGCAGAUGGCGAGACGACGUUUGCGCUACCGAAGCCGCCCAUUCCCUCCAGGCGGCGUGACCGGAGGCAAAAACUUGAUGAGGAGCUGACUGUUGACAUUCCAAACAAUUCACCCAAUAGUUCUAACAGUGCCAAGUUAUUAAACAUCAGUGCGGUCAGUCGGGAUUCUGGCCUAAGUUCCGGUGACCCAUCACCAAACACCACAUCGUUAUCAUUCCCAGACGCCAGUCCCCAAGGAAAGCCUCCGUCCGUUGUAUCUCGUUCAAUCAGCUCAACAGAGAGUGGAGCAGUCACACGACGGGUCUCGAGUGCUAAGACACGUCCAACACAUUUAAAGACCAAGAGGUCCCUGAGUACAGGUAGUGCCAAUACUGCCACAUUAACCAUCUCGCCGAGGAAGGUCAGGCAGAUCAAUGACCCCAUUCUACAGAUGCUUAACCAGCUACAUAAGAUCAUAUACACCUCACAGCUGCCACCAACUCUAUGUCACAACCCGAGACGCCGAGUGAUAGAACGCUUCAAACGGGCGUUAUUCGCCCCACAGAGUACGUCAUUCAACCUGAAGAAUGAAUUAAAGAAGUUGUUGACGGGAUCGAGGGAGUUGAUCGACCUGAACUUUGGCCCGAGCGAAUCGCCAUUGGUUAAUCGCGAGGCGAGCCGUGAUCCCGAGGUGCUGACUUUGAAUGCAGAGAAAGGAGGAGGUUUGGACACCGAUCAUAAAGAUAUUGGUAUAACGUACGAAUCCAUGCAAGGAAUCAUCGAAAGUGUUCUUGUGGAGAGUGGAUAUUAUGACAUGUCGCCAGCAGCGCGUCACAGCCGGACUAACCCUCUCGGGGGCCCACACAUAAGGGCGCAUACGGAGAGAUGAUUGUAUUGUCUUGGUGACAACGAGUGUUAUUGUGCAUUUAUUCUGGUCUAGUUAUUUGUUGGGGAUAUGAUAUUGAUGUGACUGUAUUGUGGGGCUGAUGUGAGUGUGGAAUAAGACGUGGAGCUGCCGGCUUGGUGAAAUAUCGAUUCAAUAUCAAUUUGGAUAUGGAAAUCUUGGGGCAUUCAGAGGUGUAUAUGAAUAUUAGUGAAGACACUAAAAAUGUACUAGGUUUGUUUCAUGAUUACGUAAAGAAAGACUGUUUUUUUGGUGUAAAAAACCAAAUGUUUUGCGCCAACGUGAUGAAAUCAUGAAAAAAUAAGUCCCAAUUUAGGAAAGCAGGUGUGCCCAAAAUGAUGUGAUCGGGAGGCUGUACACCUCGUCUGUCAAUGGAGUCCAGUUCUUGUUUUUGUUUAUUUAUUUGUAGAUGUACCCUGUACAGUGAAUGGUAGUUUUCCUACUCAAACAUGUUUAUCAUGUUGACAUGUGUUGUUUAAAGAUUUUACUGCUAAUAUUAAUGUAUUUCAUCAAUUACCAUCGCUCGGUACAUACACCAAGGUCAUUGUGGCAGACAAUUUCAUGCAAUACAUGUAGUAUAUGGUUGUCAAGUUAUGUUAGUGAUUCAGUUGAUUUUAAUUGGUACGCAAUACUGUCUAAAAUAUUUAUCCCUCUAUAAAAUACAAGAUAUUUAUUAAUCAUACAACCGUCCAGUGAUCUAAGUCAUUACUAAGGUUAAAGACAGCUCUUUUGUGGUGAUUGUUUCUACUCAAAAGUAUAUGAAGCCCUCCGUAUUAAAACACAAGAUAUAUUAUUUAUUAAUUUAUUGAUCACACAACCGUCCAGUGAUUAUUUGUCAUUACUGAGUUUGAGAAUGUGUACAUGUAAGUUACAUUUAGUUUAUGUACAUGUAAUAGAUGUUUUAUUAUCAUUUUGGAUUGAUAGUAGUCUGUUGUUGAUAUGUCAAGUUAUCAAUUCCGUCCUGUAAAUUUUCUCCUGGAUUUUUAUCACAUUGAUUUUAACUACAUGUAUAGGAUUUAUCAAAAACUGUUGAAAUAUUAAAAAAUAUUGCAACUCUUCAUUUAUCUGUCGCAGAAUAUACAUAGAACAGCAACACAUGAAUGCAGUUAAGUAGCUUUGACGGCUGAUACCAACAGACUGUUACAGCUCGCUAUCAAAUGAAAGUAAGACUAAGAGACUGUUGUAAUUGAGGGGAGUGUGUGAACAGUCAUUAGCUUUGGUGCUGUUGGUGAAAGUUAGUUUUCUCUACUGAAAAAUAAAAAAGAAUGUGUGAAGUGUUUCCUGGUUUGUUUUACUAGGCCUAGCUCUUUAUGAUGUUGUCAAAUGUUAAUCAACUCUGUAACCUCAUUAAGGAUGGGGAUUGGGGAACCUACUGGGGAUGGGAUGGGGGGGGGGGGCUAAACUAUUUCCGGCCUUUGUUUGCUUCUGACAAAGCAGGGUCUUUUAUUUUAGACGUGAUUUAUGAUUAUGAGUGUCCAAGUUCAUUGUGUCUAUCAUCGUGAUGCCAAGUCUGUAAAUAAUAUGGUGUCGUGUUGUUAA